AUGGUGUGUGAGGAUUGGCAUUCGCCCAGCGCUGUGGGGGCGGGAAGCCUGCGCACCCGGGUCCCCACCACCCACCGGGAGCGGGACCACGUGAGCGAGGCGGGCUGGGCUGCGGAUGUCCCUGCCGCCACCGAGCUACGAGCUACGUGCGGCAGCUGUGUUCCCGGCGGCUGCACGCGUCCUGCCCCAUCCAGGGUCCCAGGUACCCUGCAGGGCGCAGGGGUGCAAGCUCCGGGAUGCUCACGGCCCCUUGGCCUGGGGCGUGGCGGGGGUCCAGGGUGGACCCAGGCUAAAGGCGAACGCCCCUUUGCCUGCGACUGGCCGGGCUGCGACAAGAAGUUCGCGCGCUCCGACGAGCUGGCCCGCCACCACCGGACGCACACCGGCGAGAAGCGCUUUCCCUGCCCGCUCUGCUCCAAGCGCUUCACCCGGAGCGACCACCUGACCAAGCACGCGCGCCGCCACCCCGGCUUCCGCCCGGAACUGCUCCGGCGCCCGGGCGCCCGCAGCGCCUCGCCCAGCGACUCGCUGCCCUGCAGCCUGGCGGGCAGCCCCGCGCCCAGCCCUGCGCCCAGCCCGGCCCCCUCUGGCCUGUAGGGCCCUAGUCCAGCCCGCCCUGCCGCACCCCUGCUGGGCCUGGGCAUGGAGCACCAGCAAAACGCCUGCUGUCCACGGCCAGGGGCGGGCCGCGGACCGACAGCCAGCGUCCCCACACCGGACCGGGGGUGGCCCUUGGGAGGGGUGGCUGAGGCCCGUGUCUGUAAAUAGCCAUGUUGGGUAACUCUCUUCCCAUGUGUUAACCAGGAACCCCAGGUGGGCGGCCAGCAGGCGCUCCCCUCCCCCAUCGCCACCUCCCUGCUUUGGAGAGGGCGGGUCUGGGGGGAGCCGCCCAGGAAAGGUGCACCUAACCAGUGCUCGGACUCGGCCCCCCGAGCCCCCCUCUCCAGGUUGGGAUGAUGUGUGCAAAGAGCCAUAGAUGAACCAGGGGUUACCGCGGCACCCCCCCCUCUGCCCGGGCCCCUCACCCCACUGAAAGCCAUUGGAGAUGUUCAGGGAACUGGGGUGUGGCCCCAGCCGCCCCCAUCCGG